GGCUGCCGAGUGGGCGUGUCCCGGAGGUGGCUCAGUCCGCCGCCUUAGGGCGAGAGAGACCGCAGUGUUCUUGCGUACGGACGCCGGAGUGAUGGUCGGGUGGGAGAAAGCGCUGCAUAUCCGCUUCGAACCGGGUAGCUGCUGGCUUGAGGAGGAGGAUGUUGAGAUUCCAAAUAGACGUGUUCUGAUUACAGGUGCCACUGGGCUUCUUGGAAGAGCAGUCUACAAGGAGUUUAAAGCAAAUAAUUGGCAUUCUGUUGGCUGUGGGUACAGUAGAGCUCGGCCUUUGUUUGAGAAAGUUAAUCUUCUGGAUCUUACUGCUGUUCAUAGCCUUAUCCAGGAUUUUCAGCCUCAUGUGAUAGUACAUUGUGCAGCUGAGAGAAGGCCAGAUGUUGUAGACAGUCAACCAGAUGCUGCUUCUCAACUCAAUGUGGCUGCUUCAGGGACCAUAGCAAAAGAAGCAGCUGUUGUAGGAGCGUUUCUCAUCUACAUUAGCACAGACUAUGUAUUUGAUGGAACAAAUCCUCCCUAUAAGGAGAACGAUGUACCAAAUCCCUUAAAUCUGUAUGGCAAAACUAAACUAGAAGGUGAAAAAGUAGUCCUAGCAAACAAUGCAGGUGCUGCUGUACUCAGAAUUCCAAUAUUAUAUGGAGAAGUUGAACAAUUGGAAGAGAGUGCUGUGACAGUUAUGUUUGAUAAAGUGCAGUUCAAUAAUAAAUCUGCCAAUAUGGACCAUUGGCAACAGAGGUUUCCUACCUACGUCAAGGAUGUAGCCAGUAUUUGUCGGCAGCUAGCAGAGAAGAGAAUGGUGGAUCCAUCCAUAAAAGGAAUAUUCCAUUGGUCUGGUAAUGAGCAGAUGACCAAGUUUGAAAUGGCAUGUGUUAUGGCUGAUGCUUUCAACCUUCCCAGUAGCCACUUAAGACCAAUCACUGAUAGUCCAGUAGUGGGUGCUCUUCGUCCCAGAAAUGCUCAGCUUGACUGCUCUCGUCUACGGAUGCUGGGCAUUGGACAUCAAACUCCAUUUCGUGUUGGAAUAAAGGAAUCACUUUGGCCUUUCCUUACUGACAAGAGAUGGCGACAGACUGUCUUCCACUAGUUUGUAAAUAAUUUAGCAUUAAUAUGGUAUGAGGCACUUUUUUGAAAAGGGCGGCGGGCCAAUAGUUUUAUAUUGUGUAUUUUGUGUUUCAGAUUUAAUUCAAUCAGGUAAAAUAUGGUCUUGCACUAGGUUUAACUGGCAAAAAAGAACCUUGUUUGAAGUGAUUGCUAUUUCUUUCUGUUGUGUUACCAGCUUACUGUAAAUUUUGUGAUUAUUGCAGUCAUCAGUAACAGCUGAAAUCAGGAUAUAAUUCCUAAUUGCUGAAAUAUACAUUUGCUUGUGUCUUUGCUAUUGCAGUACAGAAACUUCCUUGAUACUGAUUUCCGUAAAUUGCCAAAAACACACUUUUUCAUUUUUGAAGCUGUUCUGAUGUGAUUGAAUUAGAAGCGGGAAGUUUUCGAGUUAGCUUGAGUUAUGAUCAAAAUUUGUACAGUAAUACAAGUUCGAUCCUGAGGACUUCUUUCACAGUCAAAAUUCUGUUAGCAAGGAGAGGAGGUUGACUUCCAGCUAUUUUUCCUCUGCAGCCCCCUGAAAGUCUGUUGCCGAGGCUUUAGUCCUCAGGAGCAGAUCUUCAGGGGUCUGCAGAGAGAAGGGGGAUCAACCAGAGUUCCUCCCUGCUGUUCGAACAAAACAUCAUUCACUUGUGGAAACCAUUCUUAGGACCUCCAUCCUUUAUUUUUGCAGUUAAUGUGUAGUUUGAUUCUUGAAGGAUUUUCAAUAAGUUCUACAUUUUAAAACUCCUAUAGCUUUCUUAUAUUUGUAUGGUGCAGCAUUUAACAUACCUGUCACACACAUGCUUGCAGACAUAGACUUCUCUCUUUUGGGGGGUUGGAACAGAGGCAUGAAAUACUUUCUCCCUUCUUUUUUUCUUGCUGGUGUUUUACCUUUGAUAUUUUGAUCCUGUAGAAUCUAAAAAAACCCAUUAAAGCACUGUUUAAUCUCCUUAGUUAAAUGGGUAGGACCAGCAAGCGGUCUUAUUUUUAAAAGUUUAAUACUGUUGGGCAUGAAUAUACAGCUAAAAUGGCAGGUCAACCUUCAUAUUUUCCCUUUUAAUUAAGAAAAGUUGCAUUUUCAUUGUGAGCAGACUUUCUAGAAAAAGGAGGUGUUUUUUGCAGUGUGAUCUCUCGCUCUUUCCUCCCCACUAGCCAUCCCUGACUCACCAAGUUUAAAACAUCCAAGAAAAGGGCAUGAAUUCCUCAGUUUUCCCCUCUGUUGCCCAAUCAGCAUCAGUUCAAUUCAUACAAUGCUUCGGGACCACUCUUAAUGUUAGUUUCUGUCCACAAAAACCUAUAUUCUAGCUUUGUUGUAGUCUGAAGUCCUGAUAUGCACUUGGUAAGCUAUAAAUACAAAAUGACAUUAAAGACACAUUACUGCCGUAA